GUUCUUUACACAUCCGAACGACGUACAGCAUGGAACAUCCAAGACGUAAGAGCCACAUCAUGGAGAAACCAAGCGGGUACUCUGGCUGUACUCCGACAAGCGGCGGAGGCUAAGUGGAUGUGUUGAUAUCAUUGCUUGAGGGGACCACCAUUGGUUUUUCUGUUGUUUCUUCCAAGUUUACUACACAAACCACAAUCCCAAUCCAAAUCCCAACCCUCAGUCUUUUCAUCCAAAUCAGUCUUUCCGGACAAUCUUGAUCUCAAGUCCCAUAAGCACGCACUCUCGGUAGCAUCAAUUGUUGAAAUAUACUUGUACCGGCAAACGCACCGAACCCACGUACAUCCAGAAAGGCAGCGCAAUGGCGUCCGCAACAGAGGGCAAAUCCAACCUCUCCUUCGUCCUCAACAAGCCGCACGAUGUCUGCUUCGAGGAGCGCCCGAUGCCCAAGCUCGCCUCGGAGCACGACGUCCUGGUCGCCGUAAACUACACGGGCAUCUGCGGUUCCGACGUCCACUACUGGCACCACGGGUCCAUCGGCGACUUUGUCGUCAAGGACCCCAUGGUCCUGGGCCACGAGUCGGCCGGCACCGUCGUCGAGGUCGGAUCCGCCGUCAAGACGCUCCAGGUCGGCGACCGCGUCGCCCUCGAGCCCGGCUACCCCUGCCGCCGCUGCCGCGAUUGCCUCGCCGGCCGCUACAACCUCUGCCCGGAGAUGCGGUUCGCCGCCACCCCGCCCUACGACGGCACACUGGCCGGCUUCUGGACCGCCCCCGCCGACUUUUGCUACAAGCUACCCGAGUCGGUCAGCCUGCAGGAGGGAGCCAUGAUCGAGCCCCUGGCCGUCGGCGUGCACAUUGUGCGCCAGGCCAAGGUUUCCCCCGGCCAGAGCGUCGUCGUCAUGGGCGCCGGCCCCGUGGGUCUGCUCUGCGCCGCCGUCGCCAGGGCAUUCGGCGCCACCACGGUCGUCAGCGUCGACAUUGUCGAGUCCAAGCUCGAGGUCGCCAAGCAGAUCGCCGCCACGCACACGUACCUGUCGCAACGCAUCUCGCCGCAGGACAACGCCAAGGCCCUGAUCGCCGCCGCCGGCCUCGAGGCCAACGGCGGUGCUGACGUCGUCAUUGACGCCACCGGCGCCGAGCCUUCUAUCCAGACCAGCAUCCACGCCGUGCGCGUCGGUGGAUCCUACGUCCAGGGCGGCAUGGGCAAGCCCGACAUCACCUUUCCCAUCUUGGCUUUCUGCUGCAAGGAGGUCACGGCCAGCGGGUCGUUCCGCUACUCGGCCGGCGACUACAGGCUCGCCAUCGACCUGGUGGCCAACGGCAAGGUCGACCUCAAGGCCCUGAUCACGGAGACGGUGCCCUUUGACAAGGCCCAGGAGGCCUUUACCAAGGUCAGCGAGGGGCAGGUCAUCAAGGUGCUGAUUGCCGGGCCUAAUGAGAAAUAGGGGUUGAGCAUUAGCUUUUGAGCCGUGGAGCUAUCUCAUUUAAUAUAACGAGUUGACAGAAUUAACGG